CAACAACUUAAUGACCAAUUUAGUUGGCUCCAAAAUCUUGCUGGCAAAUAAAACUAAAACAAAAUUACUAUUGAUGUGAGUUUUUAAUACCCCUUCCAUCUAAGGCAAAAAGCCAGUGUCAGUGAAUGUGGCCAGGACUAUAAAAUUUAUCAUACAAUUACAAGUUUUGAAGAAAUUGAUCAUGAAGACUGAAAAAGCAUUUCCUUACAAAGAAAAAGGAACACACAUUAAAUAUAUUAUCAGAGUAUAUGUGAUUACAGGUAUAAGUUUAGUUCCCCAGGAUUAGUUAUUUUCAUAUCCUGCAAACAUGAUAUCUUUCUUUCCCCUUACAAUUCUUUGUUCUGUCUUGCAAUUUGUAGCCUUUGCCCUGUGAUUCAUUUUAAGCGAAUCAUAGUCUACAUGCAGAGCAUAUUAUGUAAUAUGCACGCUGUUACAGAUGGUACAUGUAGGGGUUGGUUUAAGAUGUUUCCGCCCGUUCAUGAAUUUGACAGAACUGUAAAUUUUUACUGUGUGUAAUGUUUUUGUGAAAUGUUCGUGUGAAAGUUUGGGACUUGUCAGUCAGUUAUGCAAUUUCUAAAAUAACCACCGACAAAUUACGAUGGGCAACAUGAUUUCGUAAAUAUGAAAGCGCAUUUGUUCUUUGUGAGACGUUUUUCACGUAGGGAAGAAAAAUCGACUGGCUUGUACGUUCUUCAUGCAGAAUUAAAGAAAAAGAUUGCUUCAUUUCAGUCCUCAAUAUUGAAACUGUAAACCAUUUCCUGGCUUACGACGGAUGUACAAUAUUAAUAAUAGUGUUCAUUUGCGACACGGAUUGUUUUCAGAUGGGACCGUUAAACCAUUGAACUUUAAUCCAAAACGAAGACCAAGAAGACAAGACUGGCCGGGUGAACUGGUAGAAAAUGGCAUGUUUUACUUUGCGAAAUCUGAGUUCAUACGUCGUGGGUUACUUCAGGGAGGAAGAUGUGGUGUCGUUGAAAUCCCACAAAAUUACAGCCUUGAAAUAAACACACGUUUCGAUUUAGAAGUGGCGCAACUACAUCUGGCCAGUCACUUGUUAAUAUGAGUGAGGUGUCAACAUGGCGACAGAUUUAGCAGUCGGUUGUGUGCCGCCUUACUACCGAGAAGUGUAUGAUACCUGCGCCCCGUCAACAAGUCAUGUAACGAAGGACGUUUUCACCAAACUUCUUGUAAAAUCGGAGCUUCCUUCACAAACGCUGAGCCAGAUAUGGGAUUUAGUAGUGGACCCAAAAGUGAAUGCUCUGUCUAGAACCAGCCUGUACAAAGCGCUAGCACUUGUGGCUUGGGCGCAGCAGGGGAAACAGCCUAGUGCAAAACUUUUGGAAAAUUUUUCUGGAGAAGAGCUCCCAAGGCCAGAGCUUGGUGAUUUGUCAGAACUGCGUCAAAUGACUAGAGAUCAACAGGGAGUUACCCCAACUCGCCUUGGUCUCACAUAUACUGAACUUUGUUCCCAAGAUUCAGUUGAUGUUGAUCUUGUACCUGAAAAGAAAGGUCUCUUUCUGAAGCAUGUGGAAUACCAGGUCACCAGCAAGAGAUUCGGUUCAUUGGUGCGACGGAGAUACAACGAUUUUGUUGCCUUGCAUGAAUUACUUCUCAACCGUUUCCCAUACCGUCUGAUACCUAAAUUACCUCCAAAGAAAAUGGUUGGUGCUGAUUCGCAUUUUAUUGAAGAAAGACGGAAGUCAUUACGGCGAUGGUUGACUCUUGUGGCAAGACAUCCUAUUGUCAAUAAGGAUCCUCUUGUAAAUUUCUUUCUUACGUAUGGUGGACCUGAUGUGCAAUACAAAAUACGCGAAGUUUUUCGCAGAAUGCCAGAUGAAUUUACGACAUCAGAGCUAGCAGCUACGGCCAAAGAUCUUGUUCCUCCAGAGACACACAGUGAAUUUGCAACUAGUCGGGACCAGAUCCGAAUAAUCUUGAAUGGCGUUGUGCGCCUGAAGCAAAUUGCUGAUGCCAUGGCUCUACGAUCCCAUGGGUAUGCAGCAGACAUGGCCGAACUUGGCUCACAACUUACAGCAUUGGCAGGAGAGCCUCAUGGAUCGUCGUCUUGGGCCACUGGGGGUAAUCCUGUGUGGGCAGAUAUGAAAAAGGGCUUCCAUGUCAUUUCUAAAGAGUUUGGACUACUAUCAAGCAAAGCUCUGCGGCAGGCUGUCAGGGAAGAGGAAGAAGUCUGUGAGAAGUUGAACCUACUGCUUGAUGUACUGAUAUCUCAUCGUGAGCUAUGUGACCGCCAUGAACGUGGUGUUGCGCAAGAUCAUGCAAAGGCACUGGCAAAAAUGCUUGCACUCAAGAAAAGGCAAAUGCAAGGUGUCAUUAAAGGCACUGAUGCAGAGAGUGUGGAGCAACUGGAAGCUCGUAUGAUGGAACAGGAAUCAGUAAUAGCUAAUGUGGAGUUACGCAAUGCUUUCUCUCUUCAUUGUCUACAUAUGGAGACCCAACUAGUCCAUGCACAUAUUGAAAUACUUGCCUGUGUUCUGAGCACACUUGUAUCUGUCCAGAUUCGCGGCCAUUCCGAGCUGGCUGAGGUGUGGGAACUGAUACAGCCAACUAUAGUGAAGUGUCUUCCAGAAAACAGUCAGCAUUUAAAUGGUGACAGCCCUCUUGCAAAUAAUACCAACAGUUAGUGUUCUGCAGUAAGCACUUUGAUGGAUGUUUCCUACACUGAUACUCAGUAUGCAAUUAGUGCUCUGUAGCUAUAUUAUGUAUAUUCAGAAACAUUGUUAUGUUAUACUUUGUUACUCUGAUGUGUUGCUAAGUGCAAUUCAGAGCCCAAAAUUAUGUACACUUAGUUUUUUUUGAGGGACCAGUUAAUUUUUUUUAAAGGGUAUGAAGCUUUUAGUACUUAUGUGUGUGUGGGAGGGCAGGGGACAGCGCUUAGAGAGAAGGAGAACCCAAUGUUUUCACUUUGGCACCACGGUCGCACUGUAUUUAUGGAAAGACUAUUUUUUCACCAGAUGACUGUUGAGAUACUGGAUAUAUACCUAUGGUUAUGAGAUAGCUGCACUGUCCUAAAUUAUUAUUGAGUCAUGUCUAGUCUCAGUCUUAUAUCAUUCUCAAGUAGUAUAUACAAAAUUGUUACAGGUCACAUAAAUAUUAGCAGCAACAUUUUUGUAAGAUGAAACUGAACUCUUGUUGCUUUUAGAUUUAUUAAACUUCCAGUCUGUCAAAUACAAUUUCGAAAAUGGGUUUGAUUUCCUUUUUAGCAACUUUCUCUUCCCCCACCCCCAGUUCAGGGACACUUACACCCCGAGAGUAGACAAUUUUGUUGAACUUCGAGCAGAUUGUUUUCAAAUAUUCUGUUCUUCAGUCAUUUUAAAAUUAUGGAUAGAGAUUCUUUAGCUUUCCACACCAAAAAAGUAGGCAUCAGUUGCACAUCUGUCAGCAGUACUUUCUUUUUAACAAAAGCGUUGAUUUAAUGCAGUAUACAAAUUUGAACAUUUUCAAUUAUCUGUUUUCUUCAGAAAAAUUUUCAGUUGUUCAUAGAACAGUCUGUAUUCUAUUUACUGUGGAACAUUAAAGUCUCUCAUAUCCAUCAUCAUUUUUAAUAUUCUUCUUACAAAUAAUGUACAGUAGCCAGACAUCACAUACUGGACACUGUAAGCAGAACCCUACCACAGCCUUCAAAAAGCUGCACAGCACCUUAAACACUAAAUUAACAACAAAGUUACAAACAUUGUAGCUAUAAAUCUACCAUUGUAUCUUUGUAGUCUGCAGUUUGGAGCCAGGGAUUAUAACCUCUGACUGCAAGAAGCAAGUUCUCACAAGUACCAUAUUUUCUUUCAUCUUGCACGACUCCUAAUAUUUAUGUGCCUUCUGCCGAGGGUACCUAUUUGGUAGUUUCUAGAGAGGGAAGGGGGAGUAUUUUUAAUAUCUUGGGAGAUGAAUGGUGACUUGCAAGUAACCGUAAGAGUCUUUGUUCCAACCCUCUUAAAAACUGUAUAAUACUGACUUUUAAAUCAUUUUCGUGAAAGAAAAACACCUGACUACACUAAUUUUUCCUUUCCCUGAGAGGUGGCUUGUCUUGUUCUGGUUUUCCGUGUACUAUUUAAGAAUGGCUUAAGGUCAAAAGAACUCAUUAAAAAUAAUAAAGUAUUGCAAAGAGCAGCUAUAGCAUAAACAUGAUUUUGUGAUUUGUAUUUUUGUGUAUAUUUUGGAUAGCAGUAAGUAUUCUGCUCCUGUUGUAGUCCUUUGGUAGCCAGUGCCAGACAAAACUACUGUUUAAUCAUGAUGUCUAAAAGAAAAAUAAACAAAAAUUUUAAUACCUUGCACUGACUGAAAUUGGCAGUGUAUUUUGACUGUUACUUUUGCAUUGCAAAUGUAAAAGAGGGAACACUGCUGUAUUGGACUGAAAUAUAAAAACCAGUAUAAGACUAAUUUAAGUUACUGGAAUGUUUGGAUGACACAUCCAUUGUUUUCUAACUAAGCUGGCAUUACUGCAGAACCAGUAAAUUUAGCACCACAAAGGAAAAGAGAAAGUUGAUUUGAUAAGGUAUCUGAUGCAGCUUAGCAUGGAAUGGAGUGACAGGAAGGAAGAGAUCUUGAAAUCAGAGUACAUAUACCUAAGUACUGUGUGAAAAGGGACUGACUAAUGAAGACAAAUGAUGGAAGAAAUUGUGGUAGGUGGGGGGCAUAUGUGAAAGAUGAAAACAUUGCGUUUCACAGCUGACGCACUACCUGUUAACACCCAAUUUACAGACUGUCUCAAAGCUUGCUUGGCAGCACAUAUAUUGUUCUCAUAUCCACAAAAAUUCUGCACACCUAAUAGGAGUGCACAAUGACUGAGUUACAACUUGAAGUGUGAAAAUACAUUUAAUUUGACUAAAACUGUAUGUUUCUCUUCCUCAUAGUAUUAAGCAUAAAAAAAAAUACUGCCAAAAAUGAGUAGAACCCACUGUAAGGUGUUUAUUAGAAAAUUACUGCAGUGUUUCCAAAUGUGCAGCUUGUGGGAGGCGGAGUAUAUCACCAUCAGAGCAAAAAGCGGUGGUCUGGUGUCUGAAUUGCCACAGAUUCUGUUCUAUCAUCAGUAACCAUUACUUUGUGUCUUUUUUACUUUCAUCUGUUUUCAAUUUGUAAGGGAGAAUGGAGCAUAUUUCCCAUUUAGCAUCUUUUUUUAAAUCAUUCUUUGGAUUCAUAUGAAAAGGAGCUGUUAGCUGCCAAUUCAUAUUUCUUGUUCAUAUUUGAUUUGAUGAACAUAUUCAGGAUUGAACCACAUUGUAAACUUCUGUAAAGCAUUGUAACACAGGAAAUUCCAAUGGCAAGCAAAAAAUUAUUAUUAAAUGUCGAAGAUAGAACUGACAUUGCCACAGGGCAUAAAAUUUUUUUGGAGCAUUCGGCUGGAUAUCGAUGGGUGUGGGUGAAGGUAAUAAAUAGUACAGGGUGGGUUAAAUCACAGAACGUGCUGGAAAUGGCCACUGUUGACACUGUGCUCAGUUUAUCAAACUGUGAGAUGUGUAAAAGCUCUGUCUGAAGGCUAGAGGUAGUGGCAAUUCAAAUGUUGUUCUAUAGUUUCUCCAGCAUGUGUGGAUUAUUUGCAUGCAACUGACUCCUCAAUUUGCCCACAGAUAAAAAUCACAGUGAGAGAGAUUGAGUGUUCGAGGUGACCAGGAGAUUGCACUGCCACUGCUGAUUGUCUUCUCCUCGCUGAAUACUUCAUGCAGUCAUGGCUAGGUCGUCAAGGCAGUGUGUGCUGUUGCUCUGUCAUACUGAAAAUACCCAUAUAGUUAUUCAUCUUCUGUGAGUUGAUCUACAUAUGGAUUAAACAGUUUCUGGACAUACAAGGUAGCAUUAACAGUUUGGUAAAGAAUCGUGUUACUGUGCAGACACAAGACAUUGCUGACCAAACAUUAUUCUUGAGAUUAUGCAACAGCACUUCGAAGCACUUAUGGGAAUUAUCUGUGCAUAAUGGUGCAUGUUGCGUGAUUUCACAUCACCGAGCACGGUGGCGCAGUGGUUAGCACACUGGACUCGCAUUCGGGAGGACGACGGUUCAAUCCCGUCUCCGGCCAUCCUGAUUUAGGUUUUCCGUGAUUUCCCUAAAUCGCUUCAGGCAAAUGCUGGGAUGGUUCCUUUGAAAGGGCACGGCCGAUUUCCUUCCCCCAUCCUUCCCUCACCCGAGCUUGCGCUCCGUCUCUAAUGACCUCUUUGUCGAUGGGACAUUAAACACUAAUCUCCUCCUCCACGAUUUCACAUCAUUGACAGGCUGAACCAGGCCUUAUCUGAAACAAAUGAUGCAUCCAAAUGGAGAGAAUACUCCACAGAACUCUUGAAUCAUCCAGACCCAUACGAGGUGCUACCUGCAGACACUAUGGAGGAAAGGAACAAUCAGAACAGUGUGAGAAUUAAUCGAAGACGGAGGUUGAGCUUGCGCAUAGAAAUAAAUGCACUGAUCCAAUUGAUAUGGAAGAAUGAGUCAUUGCGAGAAGAAUGAAAAUUGGCCAUAAUAUGCUUGAUAUAGAAGAAAGUAAGCAAAAUGGAAUGUGGUAAUAACAGAGGCAUCAACUUGCUGAAUGUAACCUACAAGAUAAUGUCUAUCAUUAUCUUCAGAAAAUUACAACCAUUCAUAGAGAAGAACAUGCAGGAAUACGAUGCUGGCUUUUGACCAAACCGAUUAACAAUAGAUCACAUUUUCACCCUAAGGCAAUUGUUUGAAUCACAGGUAAUAUGAUAAAAGUGUCUAUAGUUUGUUUGUCAGUUUUCAAUGUGCACAUAACAUCACCCAUAGGAACAGCCUACACAAGUCUCUGUGUGCCUUUGGAAUACCAGAGAAGCUGGUAAGAAUUGUUCAAACUUGUGUGUGGAUGGGUAAGAGGCAGCAGGGCAUUCCUGAGGGAUCAUGUAAAAAACAUUAGAGAUUGACACAGGUCUCGGACAAUGGGAUGCUCUCUCAUGUGUUCCAUUCAGUGUUGUCUUAGAUAAAGUAAUAACAGUAUGUAGGCGACAGGAACGGGCUGGAGUACAGAUGGAUGGUAAUUUCAGUUGUCUCACUUAUGCAGAUGUUAUAGUAUUGCUAAGUGAAUGAAACAUGAGUUGAAAGAAAUGUGCCAAAAAAUGGACAGCCAUGUACAAAAGGUUGGGCUAAACGUGCAUCAAGACAAAAUGGUGUUCCUGUAGUUAGGAAGAAAAUCUCUAAUUUAUAGUUUUUUAGAUAAAAAUACAGAAAAUAUUUUAAUAUUUUGAUCAUAUAGCAUAUUGCCUUUAUAGUUCCCUCCAAAAUUAUUCAGAUACCUUCAUUGCAGGAACUAAACAAUACAGUUCCUUCAGGUCCUUUUCUUGUAUGUUUUCUGAAAGCUUAUUUAUAAAUUAUAUGUAGAACUCAAAGGAUUUUUAUAGACUUAGUCUUUUUUGUAUUCUUUAACCAUGUAUUUACUCAAUCUCUCUCAUACAUUUAUGUAAUUACAUUUGUUAACAACUUGACAAAUUGGAGUUACAUGUAGAAAGUAAAUUCAGUGUGCAGUG